UUAGAUUAGAGAAGAUGACAGUGUCAGCAGAUGUGUUCAUGCGUCUCGUUCUCGUGGUGUCACAGUCUGGACGUGAAGUGAACUUUACGUUAACUGAGUGUACAAUAGAGGGUGACAUAAGAGAGCUGCAUGAGAAGGUGGGGGACCAGACUGUCCUACAGGUGGUAGCUCCACAGCCCGCCUUUUAUGGCUAUAGAGAAUGCUGGGAUAUAAGAUUAAACAAGGUGAUUCUGCCAGCAGAAGUGUUGAGGGGUCUCGUUAGGGUGGUGUUACAGUCUGGACGUCGUGUAAACUGUAUAAUAAAAGAAUGUACAAUAGAGCCUGUCGAAGAGGUGAGAAAGCUUCAGGUGGACCAGCCCGCCAUUCAGUUCAGCCUGUGUGAACAACGCUGGUGCAUUGGGUACAGGAACUUUAAAAUAAGGUAAUCAAUCUGCGAGGAUCUAGCAAUGGUCAGUUCAACAAGCAUCAUCGAACAAUAGACGUGUGUAUAAAUGGUGAUCAUUGCUUUAGUUCCAACUGAAAUUGAGUUAGAAAACCUUCUGACCAACGUUAUGUUCCAUACAGUACAACUUAUACAAAAAAGUGUCGUAGAUAAGUUGAUUCAAGGAAUCCCGGCAAUUACAACCAUACUUGAUGUCAGUAAAAUGUUACACUAAUAUUGAACAUUUUAUGAUUGUUAUUAGGUCACGACGUUUGAGAUUAGUUAUGUAGUUUUAUUUUGAAGUUACAUCUUGUUGGCAUGUAUUGCUUCUUCUACACUAAGCCAUGGGUUAUUGUUGAUAUGAUGGUCGAGGAUUAUCGUGGAUAUAACAAAGUGAAUAUAUUGUGUGACUGACGUGCAUGUCAUAUUAUCACCAUGGUCAUGGAUUAUCGUGGAUAUAACGAAGUGUAUAUAUUGUGAGACUGACGCGAGUGUCAUAUUAUCGCCAUGGUCAUGGAUUAUCGUGGAUAUAACGAAGUGUAUCUAUUGUGUGACUGACGCGCGUGUCGUAAUAUCGCCAUGGUCGUGGAUUAUCGUGGAUAUAACGAAGUGUAUAUAUUGUGAGACUGACGCGCGUGUCGUAUUAUCGCCAUGGUCAUGGAUUAUCGUGGAUAUAACGAAGUGUAUAUAUUGUGAGACUGACGCGAGUGUCGUAUAAUUGCCAUGGUCGAGGAUUAUCGUGGAUAUAACGAAGUGUAUCUGUUGUGUGACUGACGUGCAUGUCAUAUUAUCACCAUGGUCAUGGAUUAUCGUGGAUAUAACGAAGUGUAUAUAUUGUGAGACUGACGCGAGUGCCGUAUUAUUGCCAUGGUCGAGGAUUAUCGUGGAUAUAACGAAGUGUAUCUGUUGUGUGACUGACGUGCAUGUCAUAUUAUCACCAUUGUCAUGGAUAAUCGUGGAUAUAACGAAGUGUAUCUGUUGUGUGACUGACGUGCAUGUCAUAUUAUCACCAUGGUCAUGGAUAAUCGGGGAUAUAACGAAGUGUAUAUAUUGUGAGACUGACGUGCAUGUCAUAUUAUCGCCAUGGUCAUGGAUUAUCGUGGAUAUAACGAAGUGCAUAUAUUGUGUGACUGACGCGCGUGUCGUAUUAUCGCCAUGGUCAUGGAUUAUCGUGGAUAUAACGAAGUGUAUAUAUUGUGAGACUGACGCGCGUGUCGUAUUAUCGUCAUGUUCGUGGAUUAUCGUGGAUAUAACGAAAUGUAUAUAUAGUGAGACUGUCGCGAGUGUCGUAUAAUUGCCAUGGUCGAUGAUUAUCGUGGAUAUAACGAAGUGUAUCUGUUGUGUGACUGACGUGCAUGUCAUAUUAUCACCAUGGUCAUGGAUAAUCGUG